AUGAAUGAAAAAAAUGUGAUUUAUUUUAUUGUUAUCAAAUUAUAAUACACAAUUUAAGGGAUUCCAAAAAUGAAAAAUGAGAACAAAAUCAUCAAUCCUCUUUAUAUCUCAAAAUAUAUAAGUAAUGAUUUCUUCCUCUACUCAAAAAGGGCAAGAUAAUUCAAAUAUUAAAAAAAGUCUAUUUCUUUAAGAGAUAUUUUGGAGCAUCAAGAUAAAGACAGAGAUUUAUUCAAUAAUAUGAACAAUAACAAAAAGAUAAGAGGAAUCAAGAACGUAAACAAAGAUCUCUAUUAAAAGAAUAAGAGAAUAUUUUUCAUAGAUUCCACUUUCAAACUAAGCAAUAUGAUGAUCAAAUAUUAUCUAAAUCAUUGGAAAUUUUUAGCACAUUAAUUAUUAUAUAGAAAUAUUGUACCCAAAAAUAUAGUUAAUGCUUUAAACGCUGCUAAAUCUAAAUCUUAAGUGUAGUUUAUAUUAGAUUCAACUGGAACCAAAUAUACUAUAAAUUCUUAAGCUCCUUCAGUUUUUUCCAGAGGAUGA